AGGAGGGUGAGCCAAACUGAGCUGGGGGCUGAAGGGUCUCGGGGGCAGCAUCACUUUCCAAAGUUUGUCUCGGCAAUUUCCGAGCGACUCCAGCCCAGCGACCGUCCCGGUUUGUUUACAUCUCGCGCUCCGGGGUUGCAUGCGCUUUUGCAGUCACACACAAGACAGCGCGCUCCAGCUCUCCUGGCUGGUGUUGAGAGACGCGGUCCCGUAAAUAGAAUGUUGCCGAGCCAGGCUGGAUCGGCACCAUCUGGAAACGGGUCAGCUGCUGGCAGGGGCACCGCGGGACACGGUCCGGGGGUCAUCGGGAGCGGAAUCCGUCCUGUGUUGGUCAGAGCGGGGCAGGCUUUACCGGGGGUCAGCGAGAGCGCCGGGGCUGCUGGGCGACAGGGGGACGGCGUUGGGAUGUUGGGGGGUAAUGGUCCUGGAGGUCCGAGAGGUGGGAGACCGGGGAACGGGACGGGGCUGACGCCUUUGCAGACCGCCGCUCAGGGGAGCAUGGCCGGGUUAAACACGGGGGUCGGCGUGCCGCACGGAGCCAGGUUCGACCCGGACAGAGAAAACGCGCCCCUGUGCAGCGGCUCGGAUAAUGACUCGGACUCGGGAGAUGACGAUGACCCAAUGGGUUCAAUCGGGGACAGCAGGAGAGGGGUGAAGCGGGAGAGAGGGGAGAUGGAGGCGGCGGUGGGGGCGCAGGAGGCUGGAGUUCCCCCCGGAGGUUACGGUAUGGUUCCCGGUGGGGUCGCCGGUGCAAAGCCAGGGAAGAAGACACGUGGGCGCGUAAAGAUAAAGAUGGAAUUUAUUGACAACAAGCUGAGGCGAUACACAACUUUCAGCAAGAGGAAGACGGGCAUUAUGAAGAAGGCCUAUGAACUCUCCACACUGACGGGAACCCAGGUUCUGUUGCUGGUGGCCAGUGAAACAGGGCAUGUCUACACAUUUGCCACCCGCAAGCUCCAGCCCAUGAUCACCAGUGAAACGGGCAAAGCCCUGAUCCAAACGUGCCUCAACUCCCCGGACUCGCCGCCGCGCUCCGACCCCUCCAUGGACCAGCGAAUGAGCGCCACGGGCUUCGAGGAGACAGACCUCACCUACCAGGUGUCAGAGUCAGAGAGCCUGGGUGACACAAAGGACACCCUGAAGCCUGCGUUCACAGUGGCCAGCCUGCCAGGCACCACCAGCAGCGCCCAGUCCACAGUGCCCACCACCUCCACCACCAUGCAGGUGAGCAGCGGACCCUCGUUCCCCAUCACCAACUACCUGGCGCCCGUCUCUGCCAGCAGCAACGUCAGCGCCAACGGCACCGUCCUCAAGACCACCGGCGCCUCACCAGGGGUCAUGCAGCUGCCCAGCGGCUUCACUUUCAUGCCAGCAGGCACUCCUCUCCCCCCCGGCACCCCCACCAUUCCUCUGAGCCAGCUGCAGCAGCACUCCCUGGCCCUGCCGGGGCAGCAUGGUCAGGCCCUGGCCGCCGCCCCGCAGCCACAGCAGGGACAGCAGGCCGUCUUCCGCUUCCCUGCCGCCGUCUCCCUCUCAGGCGCUGGGGUCCCCCAGCAGCUCCAGGCCAUCCAGGUUCACCCCAACACCCAGCCCACCUCCAACAGCGACAGCAGCCCUGAGAUCUCCCAAACCUCCACUAACUCCACCGCAACAGUGAGUCUCCCAGCAACCAUCGUCACCUCCUCAGUGCCCACGUCCAUGGCGGGUCACAUGAUGUACCCCAGUCCCCACACAGUGAUGUACGCCUCCACGCCGGCACUGGCUGACGGGGGGUUGGCUGUGCUCAAUGCCUUCUCCCAGGGGCCCUCCGCCAUGCAGGUGUCCCACGCACAGGCCCAGGAUACAGGUGCUGUCCCUCAGGUGUUCCUCACAGCACCCCCAGGCACGGUGCAGAUCCCCGUCUCCGCGGUGCAGCUACACCCAGUACGGAAAGAUCUCCAUUUUACAAAUGGUGAUUGGCCAGCAGUCGAGCGGCAGCAGCAGUAACCUGACGGAGCUGCAGGUGGUCAACCUGGACGCUGCACAGAACUCCAAGAGUGACUGACAGAGCCGGGGACACAGACAGACACACGGACUGACUGACAUCUCUAUUUAUUGAUGCCUUCCUACAGAAUUUCAUGUCACACCUCUGAAUGUGGCUUUACAGUACAUAUACACCCACACACACACACACACUCAAGGGCAUAUUUGUGGCUAACCCUCAUGUUUUGGUAUAUAUAACUAUAUAUAUAUAUAAAUAUAUAUAUAUAUAUAUUCGCAAGAGCAUAGAAAUAUAUUAAGGUGUUCACUACAUCUGUCGUCUGAACCUGUUUUCUAUGCUGUAGAUGGUGUUAUUUUUGUGUGUGUGAGUGCGUGUGAUUUUUUUUUUUUUUUUUUAAACAAUGUGUAAUUACGUGCACACACACACACACACACACACACACACACACAUACACUCUGCAGGUGCCACAGCUUCACACCAGCCAAAGAGACAUUUAUUUGUCUGAAUGUUCAAGUGUGAGUAAAUGUUUGUGCACAAGCAUGUGUGUGUGUGUCUGUGUGUGUGUCUGUGUGUGUGUGUGUGUGUGUGUGUGCAUAUCUGGGGUUUGUAAAUGGGCAGGGAGAUGCAUAUUGACUUAAAAGAGACAUUUGGAAAUGUACAUAAUUCUUUUUUUUUUUUUUUAAUUGAAAAUUUGUAUUUUCAACCUGUUUUAGUUUGUGCAGCAGCAUGUAGUUUUUUUUUUCUUUUUUUUUACGUAGCUGUUUUGUAUGUACAUGGAAAUGAUUUGCAUAAACGAAACUAUUUACAGAUCGUAUAUGAUGUAAAUUAAUGUAAUAUACCAGCAUAUUAUGUUGAUUUACUGUCAUGCUGGUGGGAGUGUUGAAAUAGUUUUUAUCACUACACUUAAUGUCAAGAUGGAGCAAGAAUGCUGGAUAUUUUUCUAUGUUUUGGAUUGUGAAAUUUUCAGGACUAUCCCUCAAAUAGAAGCAAGGAGUUGGGUCCCUAAAUGUAAGACAUUAGAUAUUUAUGGUUCUCUAUUCAGAUAUUCUGUAAUUCAGCUGGGAUGAAUUUCAAUGUUGAUGCAAGAGCUGCAGGAUAAUCACGUAGCAUGACAUCAACUUGGAAUGUGAAGUUUCCUCGUGAAGCUGUGAUCUUGGGAUUUUCUGAGCGAAUCAUUUCGGGGAAUAUCUUAAAAGCGAGGACAAUCUGAUGGCGAAUGCAUUUUUCGAUCCCAACUUUCGGCACGUACUCGAAUCACAGGGCCAGUUUGCUUUACUUUUCCACGAACACAUAUUUAAACAGCUCGAUUUUGAAAUCUGAUGCUCCUUUGGGCAUCUCAACCCCAACAGUGCCAAGCAAAUCACAAUGGGUACAGCAAUGAACCUCUCACCUUGAUGCAUUUUGUAAACAUAUUGCCCUGCUUUGCAUCCAUCGGACUGCAAAUAUGAUUUUUUUAUUAAUAUUUUUUUUUUUGUAACAUGUCAAGUGACUAUUGACUUCAGUCAGGGUGUUGGAUAAGACGCUGUUCUCUUAUCAGGAACAGGCAUUAACACUGUAAGAACUUGUAAUGUAAUAUUACACUGGCAUUUGGGAUUUUUUUUUUUCUUUUUAAGAAAUAACGAUAUCUGAAUUUGGAAAAGUGACGAUUCAGGUGCUAUGAAGGGUUUUGUUUUGUUUUGUUUUUUUCUCUCCACUAAGCAUUGUAAGGCCCUGGCUGACUGCAAUCUCAGUAUGUACCUCAGCGAUCAUGUUAAGAAUGAACGGGGUGAGACUGAGAGCCUUCUUUCUGCACCAUAGUGCCUCUUCUCCAUGGCUGAGUACACUUUCAUUGCAAGGGAAAAUUUAGAGUUUGCAUAUUUCCAGACCAUCUCACAUUACUCCGGACCUACUGUAUGAUCCUCUGCUCUGCCCACAGGGAACUAAACUCGGUUUUUGAGUCAGUAUUAGGGAAUUAGCUGGUUGACUGAGCAUGGUAGACUUGAAGCCAAAGAGGAUGUGACAGAGGACGAAGCACCCAUGCUGGCUAAUGGUGCUCAGUCAUUCACUGACAAGAGAGGGCAUUGUAUCGCUAGACUUUCUCUUACACACCUACAUUUGUGUGCACGUAACGCCGCACGCAGUUGUAAUGGACCUGGUCAGUGGGGUUGUUUGAAGAUAUAGAAAAUUAACACUGUAUGUUAAGGGCGUCAUUUUUAUGUUAAUUUACAGUCGGUUCCCCCGGUUAUGUGGUGUCUGCUCAAAAAUACAAUUUGUAAAUGGGGUUACUGAGUAGAAUUUGUGGUUUUCACAUUGUCAUUGCAAGAUAAAAAUGUUUCUUUGUGUCUUUUUGUUUUGUUUUAGUAC